GAGGCAAUUGCUGAUUGUUGUGUCUAUAAAGGAAGGCUAAAGCAUGAUAUGAGACUUCAUUCACUGAAUACUCGGUGAAAUAACAUAAAGAUGGCGAGCCAUGCUCCCUCUAAUCUCUUGUUCCUACUGAACUUAGUCACUUUGCUCGCCACCUCCCUUGCUUUACCCUACUGCCCUCCACCAGAAUACCCACCCAAAAAUCCUCCCUACCAUCCUUUGCCACCAAAACAUCCACCCCAUGUUGUGCCACCCCAUCCCCCACAUAUUAAGCCACCCAUUCCUCCUGUGAAACCACCCCAUCCGCCCCACGUUAAACCGCCGAUCAAGCCACCCCAUCCACCUCAUGUUCAGCCGCCAAAGCCGCCAAUCAAGCCGCCCCAUCCGCCCCACGUUCAGCCGCCAAGGCCACCCAUCAAGCCGCCCCAUCCGCCUCAUGUUCAGCCGCCAAAGCCGCCGAUCAAGCCACCCCAUCCACCCCACGUUCAGCCGCCAAGGCCGCCCAUCAAGCCGCCCCAUCCUCCUCAUGUUUCUCCACCCAAACCACCUAUUGUGAGGCCUCCCAUUGUAUACCCACCACCAUAUGUGCCCAACCCACCAAUUGUGAAGCCUCCCAUUGUAAACCCACCACCAUAUGUGCCCAACCCACCAAUUGUGAAGCCUCCCAUUGUAUACCCACCACCAUAUGUGCCCAACCCACCAAUUGUAAAGCCUCCUCCCAUUGUAUACCCACCACCUCAUGUGCCCAACCCACCAAUUGUUAAGCCUCCGAUUGUAUACCCACCGCCUUCUGUGCCCAACCCACCAAUUGUGAAGCCUCCUCCCAUUGUAUACCCACCACCUCAUGUGCCCAGCCCACCAAUUGUUACGCCCCCCAUUGUAUACCCACCACCUUAUGUACCCAACCCACCCGUUAUUACUCCGCCACUUCCGCCAGUGGUGCCUAUACCACCGCCAACACCAACACCUACACCAGUACCAGUGGUGCCAAAGCCGCCUCCAACUGAAACCCCAUGUCCUCCGCCGCCGCCACCUUUCGUGCCAACGCCAACUCCGCCGGCAGGAGACACUUGUCCCAUUGACACUCUCAAGCUAGGCGCGUGCGUGGACUUGCUAGGCGGCCUUGUGCACAUAGGGAUUGGUAGUAGCGCAAAAGACACAUGCUGUCCAGUGCUGCAAGGACUGGUGGACUUGGACGCCGCCGUUUGCCUUUGCACCACCAUUAAGAUUAAGCUUCUGAAUAUCAACAUCAUCCUCCCAAUUGCCCUUCAGGUCCUCCUUGAUUGUGGCAAAACUCCGCCAGAAGGAUUCAAAUGCGCUGCCUAGAAAACUACUCUGUUUUACUCUUUUUCUGUUAAUUAUUGCAUGCACUUGUUUUGGUAUUUCUUUUUUGAAUGAAAAAAAAAAAAAAAAAGUGUUUAUUGUAAUAAUAUUAAUGUGAUGGUAAUAGUGUUGUUUGCAGGACGAAUGUCACUUUGUAUUAAAAUAACAGUGAGAUGUUUCCUUCAUCUUCUUCGUUGUAUAUCAUCAAAUCGAUAUACUUCGAUAAUUUCGAGUUUAAAAAGUUUAUUAAUUAAUUUAGUUUAGCUUA